CUGGUACUCUCAUUUCAUACCAAAAAAAGCGCAUUUCCUCAUUCCGCAAAUCCUUAGAAUCUCGAAGAGGGCUCCAGUGCCAUCAUGGUUUACUACUUCACCUCUAAUAUUGUAGAUCCUCCAGCAUUCAUCUAUGUCGGCAAAGACAAAGUCGAGAAUGAGGAAUAUAUGUUUCACGCAGACAAUCUCUCAUCGGCACACAUAUACCUUCGCCUCCCGGAAGGCAGCGACUGGGAGAAUAUUCCACAGGACCUCCUAACCGAUUGUACACAGCUCACAAAAGCCAACUCCAUUGAAGGAAACAAGAAGGAUAACGUCAAUGUUGUCUACACCCCCUGGUCAAACCUCAAGAAAGAUGGUAGCAUGGCCGUCGGACAAGUUGGAUUCAAAGACCAACGCAAAGUAAAAAAGAUUCUGGUCGAGACCCGAACCAACGCCAUCGUCAACCGGCUGAAUAAGACGAAAGAGGAGCGGUUCCCAGACCUAGCAGAGGAGAAGGAGGAGCGGGAACGGGAAAUUCGGAACCAGGAGAAGAAGGCGAUGCUUGAGCGGAAAAAAGAAGAGGCGAGAGUCGCAAAGGAACACAAGGAGAAAGCUUGGCAGAAGGACCAUGCUUACGAUGACGUCUUUACUGAGUAUGCGCUGGAAGCAAGCUCGAACCAGAAUAGGGAUGCAGCGUUCUAUGAUGAUUUCUUGUAAAUAUAAGAGUCGUAUUGGAACAUAUUCUCAAUUCUAAUGAUCCAUUUCAAAGCC